AUGGUGAAGCAAGAUAUCGCCACUGCUGCUGCCUCGUUAGAAGAGCUCUUCCAUGAAUCUAACGGUGAGUCUGAGAGUGCUUAUAGGGAGUAUAGGGAGGCAGAGAGCCAUGGGGAGGUGGAGAGGGGGGUGGUGGAGGAGAAUGCUUAUAGGGAGAUGGCGAGGCAAGAUAACACCACUGCUGCUGCUUCGUUAGGAGAGCUAGUCAGUUUGGGAGUGUUUGAAGCUUGCAAAAUCAUUAGCUGUAACCUUAUUGGAAUAUUUUCUUGUUCUAAGUACCAUCUCUCAUCCAGCCAGUCAAUGCCUGCCACGUCAUCAGGUGGCGAUGGGUUCGUCUCCCUUGAAGUCUCGCCGAAGCUAGCCUAUGAUGCGCCAGGUACGGUGUCGCUGGCUCGGGAGCUUCACGCUGACCUGGCUCGGCCGAACCUGAUGGUCAAGAUCCCUGCCACCGAGCCUGGCGUGGCUGCGAUUCAAGAGAUGAUUUCCUGCAUGAAGAACAUGAUUGCCACUCUCAUCUUCUCUCUGACGCGCUACGGCGAGGUGAUGGAGGCUUACUUGGCAGGCCUGGAGGACGCCGUGGCAGCUGCCAACGUGGCAGCAGACGCCCUGCCACGUGUCAACCUCUCCUCUGUUGCCUCGGUGGCUUCGUUCUUCAUCUCUUGUGUCGACAGCGCCGUUGACAAGCAUCUCAAGGUGUGUGUGGGUGAGGAGGCCAUCGGAACAGAGGAAGCAUUGGCUCUGUUGGGAAAGGCAGCUCUGGCACAGGCAGUGGUGGCAUAUGACAUGUUCAAGACCAAGUUCAGCGGUCCCAGGUGGGAGGCUCUGGAGCAGCUGGGAGCACGGGUGCAGCGACCAUUGUGGGCGUCAACAGGAGUGAAAGAUCCGUCGUAUCUGGACACAAUUUACAUCGAUGCUCUGAUUGGUCCACACUCGGUCAACACCAUCCCUGACGCCACCCUUCUUGCCUUUGCCGACCAUGGGGAGGUGAAACGCACUGUAGAUGCUGACGUGGAUACUGCCUAUGCUGUGCUGGAUCGUCUCAAGGCUGUUGGAGUGGACAUGGAGGAAGUUGCCCAGGAGCUGGAGGCUGAUGGCGUUGGCAAGUUCGCAAAAUCAUUUGAUGACCUGCUUGCUGCUCUUCAGCGCAAGGCCACCAUGAUAAGUGACAGAAGCAUCAACUAG